AUGGCAGCAUUCAGCUAUAUAGCACAGGAACUAUGUAGUUUCUGGGACAAUUACGGGUGGCAUUGCCCUGCAAUUCUUCUGUUAUCUUGGACCGGUUAUUUCCUUCUCAUCCUCGCCUAUAGGUUAACUUUUCAUCCGCUCGCGAAAUUUCCAGGGCCAAAAAUCGCUGCCGCGACUCACGCGUACGAAUUUUGGUUUGACGUUGUCCGGUGGGGGCGCUACACUCAUGAGAUUAGGCGGAUGCAUGAACGAUACGGUGAGUGUGUUCUAGUCGACCUAUUGUACGAAUCAAUCCGGAUGAGCUUCAUUGCAGCGAUCCUGAAUUCAUUGAUACUAUUUAUGCAUCUGGACACCGCAAAACUGAUAAGCCCAGUCAUUUUGUUUCUGCCUUCCCUCCAAGGGGUCGGAACCGUCGACCAUGAUCAACAUAGGCUUCGUCGCGGGGCGAUAAACAACUUCUUCUCUCGAUCUCAGAUCUACAGGCUCGAGAGCUUGAUCAACGAGAAUGCUCAGAGGCUAUGUGAUAGGCUCCUAGAUCUACGUGACCAGAAGCCUAUUCGAGUAGUCGACCCCUACAGCUGCUUCUCGUCAGACGUUAUAACAGAAUAUUGCUUUGGCGAAAGCUUUGAAUAUCUGAGCCAGCCUACCUGGGAGCCAAAUUACAGAACAGCCCUAAACAUCCUUUUUGGCUACAUCCACAUAUUCAGGCAUUUCCCCUUUUUAGGAUACCUAAUAGAAAUCAUUCCCCUCGCCAGGUCAAUAGUCUCGCGGAUCUCUCGAAAUGCAGGCCUCGUCAUGAAAGACCUCAAGCCUGUAAUUGUGGCGCAAUGUGUCUCACCUCGUCAGGUUAUCAUACCGGAGAAGAUUAGACGAACCGAGUCGAUCUCUACCACCAUCAAUGGCACUUCCCAAACUACAAUCCUAUCAUCGCUAAUGGCGUCCAACCUUCCACCAAGUGAAAAGACAAUAGAGAGGCUAUCCGCCGAAGCCAACGUUCUUUUAAUUGGUGGCACGCAGUCCACCUCUGUUACUCUCGAACUUGCUACCUACCAUCUCCUUGCCAACCCUCUUAUCGCCGAAAGACUGCGAUCGGAACUUUCAGCUGCCGUGCCCGAUCCUAAAAGGCUCCCAGCAUGGAAAGAUCUCGAGAAGCUACCGUACUUCACCGCUGUGAUCCUCGAGACGCUUCGUCUUGUGUAUGGCGCUCCAGGUAGACUACCACGAAUCGCAACGGAUCAGGACCUCUUCUAUUCGGGAACAUGGGUAUCUCCUCGUAGCCAUGACAAGGUAAAAGUGUCCCAUGUCAUACCGAAAGGGCACGCCAUCGGAAUGUCAGCAUUCAUCAUUCACAUGGACGAGACUAUCUUCCCUAAUGCAGCAACAUUCAAGCCCGAAAGAUGGCUUGAUGAAAUGGGCAAGGUAAACAGGGGGUUGGAGCGGUAUCUUUUGAGCUUUUCCCGGGGCAGCCGAAACUGCAUAGGAAUGCAAUUAGCAUACUGCGAGCUUUACGUUUGCAUUGCGGCGUUACAGCUUCGCGUUCUACCCAAAAUGCGGCUCUACGAAACUAAUGAUUUGGACGUUCAGUACGAUCAUGAUGAACUUGUUGGAAAACCAAGGUCAGAUAGUCAGGGUGUAAGGGUCCUAAUCGUCUAG